UCCUGAGCGCGAAAGCAGUGCUUAGUCGGUCUCCUCUACUUUGCCGUCGCCGUCACCACCAGCAACAGCAUGAAGCGCUCCUCGGUCCGCAGCUUCAGCAGCCGCUCUUACACCCCGAGCCCGGUGGUGGGGAGCUCCCGUAUCAGCACCUCCUACGCCUCCUCCAGCUAUGGAGGCAGCCGCCUGGGGAGUGGAGUCGGCUUCCGAGGGGCCUCCUCGGCCUCCCUCGGCGGAGGUGGCGGCGGCAUCACAGCAGUCAGCGUCAACAAGAGCCUCCUGGCGCCCCUCAACUUGGAGAUCGACCCCGCCAUCCAGCAAAUCCGGACCAGGGAGAAGGAGGAGAUCAAGUCCCUCAACAACAAGUUCGCCAGCCUCAUCGACAAGGUCCGCUUCCUGGAACAGCAGAAUAAGAUGCUAGAUACCAAAUGGAGCCUCCUGCAGAACCAGAAGAUCACCCGAAGCAACAUGGACAGUAUGUUUGAGGCCUACAUCAACAAUUUGCGUCGGCAACUGGAAGGCUUGGGCCAGGAGAGGACCAGGCUGGAUUCUGAGCUGGGCAACAUGCAAGGCCUUGUAGAAGAAUUCAAGUCUAAGUAUGAAGAUGAAAUCAACCACCGCACAGAGAGGGAAAAUGAUUUUGUCUUGCUGAAGAAGGAUGUGGACGAAGCUUACAUGAACAAGAUCGAGCUGGAAUCCCGCCUGGAAAGCCUAACCGAUGAGAUCAAUUUCCUGAGACAAUUGCACGAAGAGGAACUGCGUGUCCUGCAGUCUCAGAUCAACGACACCUCCGUGAUCCUGUCCAUGGACAACAACCGCAGCCUGGACUUGGAUGGCAUCAUUGCUGAAGUCAAAGCACAGUACGAAGAAGUGGCUGCCAGGAGCCGGGCCGAGGCAGAGAGCACCUACAAGACCAAGUAUGAAGAGCUCCAGACUGUGGCAGGCAAACAUGGCGAUGACCUCCGCCUCACCAAGAAUGAAAUCAAUGAGCUCAACAGGCUCAUCACCCGGAUACAGUCGGAAAUCGAUGGGCUGAAAGGCCAGCGUGCCAACCUGGAAGCUGCCAUUGCAGAAGCAGAGGAACGUGGGGAGCUGGCCGUGAAAGAUGCCACGGCCAAACUGUCUGAGCUGGAGGGUGCCCUCCAAAGAGCCAAGCAGGACAUGGCCCGGCAGCUGCGGGAAUACCAGGAACUGAUGAAUGUCAAGUUGGCCUUGGACAUUGAGAUUGCCACCUACAGGAAGCUGCUGGAAGGAGAGGAGAGCCGGUUGGAGUCAGGAAUGCAGAACCUAAGCAUUCAGACCAAAACAACUGGUUAUUCUGGUGGUCUGAGCAGUGGAUAUGGUAGCUAUGGGAGUGGAUUCAGCUCGUACUCAAGCGGUGGAUACUCCAUGAAUUCCUCUCCCCUGGAGAGCUCAGUAGUAACCAAGUCGAAAGCCAUUGUCAUCAAGAAGAUCGAGACCCGAGAUGGGAAGCUGGUGUCCGAAUCCUCAGAUGUGCUGUCUAACUGAAGUUGCUGUUGGCUUCCAUUUUGGUGUGCCUUAAUCCAAUGAGCCUACCUUAUAGUAGCUAGGCUGGGGGGUCAAUGGGAGAAAUGGGAUGAGGUCAGGCGGGGAGGGUGGUGAAAUUACUUCUCUAUAUUUUUGUGGGGGACUUUGUAGCCCACCGGAUGUUGUUGGAUAACAGCUCCCAUCACCCCGAUUGUUGGUUGUGCUACCUGGGGCUUAUGGGAGCUGGAAUCUGGGAACAUCUGGGAGGCUUUAGUUUCUCCCAGAGCGGCCCUUGGACAUCAGAUCCCACACAA